UGCGCUGCCCGACGGGGCGGCGGCGGGGGGCUGCGCGGGGAGCGGCCCCCGAUGGGAUGUAGCGGGCGGCUGCUGGGACCCGUCGGGGGACGGCGCGCCUCGCUGCUCCUCACCAUGAUCCUGUUCUUCACCUACUUCUUCUACUGCCUGCCCGGGCCCUGCGAACCGCUGCCGCCCGCCCUGCUGCUGCCGCCGCCCGCUGCGCUCCCCGACGGCGCGGCUCCGACGGCAGCGGGGGACGCGAGCCCGGCGUUGGGCGGCGGCAGCCGGCGAUUCCCGCAAGCCAUCAUCGUGGGCGUGAAGAAGGGCGGGACGCGGGCGCUGCUGGAGUUCCUGCGGGUUCACCCCGGGGUGCGCGCGGUGGGCGCUGAGCCGCAUUUCUUCGACAGGUGCUACGAGAAGGGGCUGCGCUGGUACAGGAGCUUGAUGCCACGGACAUUAGAGGGGCAGAUUACCAUGGAGAAGACCCCCAGCUACUUUGUCACCAAGGAGGCUCCGCGGCGCAUCUACAACAUGUCACGGGACACCAAGCUGAUCGUGGUGGUGCGCAACCCCGUCACCCGCGCCAUCUCAGACUACACACAGACACUCUCCAAAAACCCCACCAUCCCCAGCUUCCAGGACUUGGCCUUCAAAAACGUCAGCACGGGACUGAUCGACACAAGCUGGAGUGCAGUCAGGAUCGGGAUCUACGCCAAGCACCUGGACAACUGGCUGCAGUAUUUCCCCCUCUCCAAAUUCCUCUUUGUCAGUGGGGAGAGGCUGGUCAGUGACCCGGCUGGGGAGAUGGGCCGUGUUCAGGACUUCCUGGGUCUCAAGAGGGUGGUGACAGACAAACAUUUCUAUUUCAACCAGACAAAGGGCUUUCCCUGCCUAAAGAAGCCGGAGGGUAGCAGCAAACCCCGCUGCCUGGGCAAGUCCAAAGGGCGGCCGCACCCCAAGAUCGAGGGGCAGGUGGUGCAGCGCCUGCAGGAGUUCUACAGACCCUUCAACAUGAAGUUUUACCAGAUGACGGGGCAGGACUUUGGCUGGGACUGACAGGGGCCACCAGCAGCCUCCUCCCUCUGUUCUAAUUUAUAUUGGACCUUUUCCGGCAAGAAACGGACCCUUCCGGAGUAGAGAGAAAUAUUUAAGAAAUAAAACCACAGAUGACUCCUCCCUCCCCUUCCUCCCCCUACCAGAUUAAAUAUUCUUCCAUAUAAAUCUUGCUGAUCUGUA